UGGGCUGAACCCUUCUAUAGCUAAAGCUGCCAAUAUCUCAGGAAAAGCUUUUGUUCUAUAGCUUUUAGGAAACUCGGCUCAGGACCAUGGGCAAAGGAAUGGGAGCAGUUCUUUCUAGGAAGAAGAAGGCGGACGACGCCGCAGCACCACCCGCCACGGGUGAAGCAGCAGAUUCUGCACCGGCUGCGCCUGCGCCCCCCGCUGCUGGCACUGAGCCCACUACUCCGGGCCUGCCUGCUCAGCCGGCUCCUUCCGGGGAGUGUGCGGCUGCACCGGAGCCGGUUGCCGAGCCUGCCCCGGAGGCAGUGGUGGCUAAGACAGAUGAUCCCGAACCGAAGAUGACGUUCGAUUACACGCUUAAGCCGCACCCAACCAUUCCGGCCCCCGAGGGGCCGCUGAUGGUAUGCAUUCUCGACGGGUUCGGGGAGAACGAAUUUAAGGACGGAUUCAAUGCAGUCCACGUUGCAAAUACGCCUACAAUUGACGCUUUGCGCGCCGUUCCGAAGCGGUUUCGCACAAUCAAGGCACACGGAACAGCCGUCGGCUUGCCCAGCGAUGCCGAUAUGGGCAACAGCGAGGUCGGGCACAAUGCUUUAGGCUCCGGUCAAGUUGUUGACCAGGGUGCUCGUCUUGUAGACAUCGCGCUUGAGUCCGGCAAAAUGUUUGAGGGCGACGGCUGGAAACUUAUCAGCCAGGCGUUUCCCACCAACACCGUGCACUUCAUCGGGCUUCUGUCGGACGGCGGAGUUCACUCUCGUGCUGACCAGCUUUUCGGCUGCCUUCGCGGCGCGGCCUCUCGCGGUGCCAAGCGCAUCCGUUGCCACAUCCUCACUGACGGCCGCGACGUGCCGGACGGCUCGUCGGUCAAGUACGUCGAGCAGCUGGAGGAGGUGCUUGCCGAGCUGCGUGGCAGUGGCUGUGACGCGAAAAUUGCCUCGGGCGGUGGCCGCAUGAAGGUCACCAUGGACCGCUACGAGGCUGACUGGAUGAUGGUGAAGCGCGGCUGGGAUGCGCACGUGCUGGGCAAGGCGCCGCACACGUUCACGGAUGCCAAGACCGCUGUCGUCACGCUUCGGGGCCCCGAGGACGCGAUCGUGUCGGACCAGUACCUGGACGCCUUCGUUAUUGUGGACGAGGCGGGUGCCCCGGUGGGCACCAUUGAGGAUGGCGACGCUGUGGUGCUCUUCAACUUCCGUGCCGAUCGCAUGGUGGAGAUGAGCAAGGCCUUCGAGUACGAGGAGUUCAAGGCGUUUGACCGGGAGCGCCAUCCCAAGGGUCUCCGCUUUGUCGGCAUGAUGCAGUACGACGGUGAUCUGAAGCUGCCGGCCAACUACCUGGUGCCGCCGCCGGAAAUCCUGCACGUGUCUGGGGAGUACCUGGUGAAGAACGGCAUCGCCACUUUUGCCUGCUCGGAGACGCAGAAGUUCGGACACGUGACGUUUUUCUGGAACGGCAACCGCUCGGGUUACCUGGAUGCCAAGCUCGAGCAGUAUCUCGAGAUUCCGUCGGAUAAAAUUGAGUUCAACAAGGCACCCGACAUGAAGGCGCGCGAGAUUACUGCGGCCAGCAAGGAGGCCAUCCUGUCCGGCAAGUACAAGGUCAUCCGCGUCAACUUCGCCAACCCAGAUAUGGUCGGUCACACAGGCGACUUGGCCGCGACCAUUCGCUCCGUGGAAACGGUGGAUGCGUGCGUGAAGGAGCUGCUGGAGAUCGUUGACCAGGUCAAUGGUCGCUGGAUCGUGACGUCCGACCAUGGCAACGCGGACGACAUGGUUCAGCGCGACAAGAAGGGAAAGCCACUCCUGGGCGAGGACGGCAAGCCGUUGCCACUCACCUCCCACACGCUGGCGGCGGUGCCGUUUUUCAUCGGUGGCAGGGGCCUUCCAGACGGCGUGGUGCUGCGUGACGAUGUGCCGGACGCUGGCCUGGCCAACGUGGCAGCAACUACGUUUAACCUGCUGGGCUAUGAUGCACCUGCAAUCUACAAGUCGACAAUGGUCGAGAUGGCGGCGUAAACGAGCA